CAUAUAAAAAAUCAUUGCACGCCACAAAAAUUUGUAAUUUUAUUGAAGGGUUUGAUGAAUAUCUUUACUCUAGAUAUUUUUAACGUUUCCUUUUGCAAUGCUAUAAAUCCAUUUUUUUUAGCCAGAAAGAGGAGGAAAUUAGUUACGUUGAUAUUAGAUAAAAAUCAACAUGGCAAGCAUUGGAACUUCAAAAUUAGGUGUUAUGCCGGAGGUAAUGGGAUUUUCACACCAAGAACUGUCACUUGUCAUGUUUAAGAAAUUCAAGCUGGCUAGAAAACAACUUCUCCACCAAAAUCUCACAUUUACUAAUCGCCGGAAAAAUGGAAUUACUCGAGCCAUAGCACCAGAAGCAACCAAGGCAACUGGUCCAACAUCUAGCAGUGUCCCUUCAGCCAAUUAUGUGCCUGUUUAUGUAAUGCUUCCAUUAGAUGUUAUUUCACUAGACAAUGUUUUUCGGAACCAAGAUAAGUGUGAGAAGCAGUUCAAGGAGCUGAGAGCAGCCGGAGUUGAUGGGAUCAUGGUGGAUGUCUGGUGGGGGAUCGUUGAGGCAAAUGGCCCCAGGCAAUAUGAUUGGUCUGCCUACAGGAGCUUGUUCCAACUUGUUCAAAAGACUGGCCUCAAAAUUCAAGCUAUUAUGUCAUUCCAUCAAUGUGGUGGAAAUAUCGGAGAUGAUGUUUUCAUUCCUAUACCCAAAUGGGUGCUCGCAAUUGGAGAAAACAACCCUGAUGUUUUCUAUACUAAUCGGGCUGGUACCAGGAACAAGGAAUGCCUCUCACUUGCUGUUGAUAACCAACCUCUGUUUGAAAGUCGGACUGCUGUCCAGAUGUACAGUGACUACAUGAGGAGCUUCAGAGAGAAUAUGUCUGAUUUCUUGGAAGCUGGAAGCAUAGUAGACAUAGAGGUAGGACUUGGCCCUGCUGGUGAGCUAAGAUAUCCGUCAUAUACUCAGUCUCAGGGAUGGAAGUUCCCUGGCAUUGGAGAAUUUCAGUGCUACGACAAGUAUAUGAGAACAGAUUUCAAGGAGGCAGCGACAAAUGCAGGCUACCCGCAGUGGGAUCUUCCCGAUGAUGCAGGAACAUAUAAUGAUAUACCUGUCAAAACAGGAUUCUUUGGACCAAACGGAACGUACCUUACAGAGAAAGGGAAGUUCUUCUUGACUUGGUACUCUAGCAAGCUACUGCUUCAUGGAGAUCAGAUCCUUGAUGAAGCAAACAAAGUUUUCCUGGGAUGCAAAGUGAAGCUAUCAGCUAAAGUAGCUGGAAUUCACUGGUGGUACAAAGAUGCCAGCCAUGCUGCAGAGCUAACAUCAGGAUAUUAUAAUUUGGACAAUCGGGAUGGAUAUCGACCAAUAGCGAGGAUGAUGUCAAGGCACCAUGGUACCUUGAAUUUCACUUGCCUUGAGAUGAGGAAUUCAGAACAGCCAGCUUAUGCUAAGUCUGGUCCUCAAGAGUUAGUUCAACAGGUUUUGAGUGUUGGCUGGAAAGAGAACAUUGAUGUAGCAGGUGAGAAUGCACUUUCAAGAUAUGAUGGCUACGCCUACAACCAAAUCCUUCUCAAUGCUAGGCCAAAUGGUAUCAACAAAAGUGGUCCACCAAAACUAAAGAUGGCUGGGCUGACUUACCUUCGAUUAUCAGACAAACUCCUUCAAAAGAGGAACUUCAAUACCUUUAAAACAUUUGUCAAGAAAAUGCAUGCCGAUCUGGAUUACUGUCCAGAAUAUGAAAAACCAGCUCCACUGAGCAGAUCAAAAAGGGAGAUUUCAAUGGAUGAACUUGUAACAGCAACCCAACGAACAAAACCAUUCCCAUGGGAUGAACAGACAGAUGCAAGAAUUGGCGGUAUAUUGGCUGAAUACUGGGAUAGGCUGCUUAACAAGUUCUUUCUCUCUAACUGACACCUAUUUUGCCAUGAAAAGACUCAUUAUUCUUGAGUUGCCGAAAUUCACAUGCGGGGAAAAUCACAUUUUGGAUCUAUAUGUAUAUGUAAAUUUGAAUGUAAAGAUAUGUAGGACACUUUUAUGUCUAUAUGUACUUCACAUUAAAUCUCAGAAAGAAAAAAUCUCAUACAUGCUAGUAUGAAAAUCUA